GAAGCAAAACUACAUUCUGCCCGUUGUUCAACAACUUUUCUUGGUUUUAUUAUUAAAAAGUACCUAUAUAAAGUAUAAAGAAUGUCGAUGUAAAUGAGAUCAACAUACUUAUUGAGAUUACGUAGUCAUUUUGUAGUGUUUUCAUUAAAAAGAUUAAAAAGCUCAAUUUCGACCAUGAAAGUGUUUACUCAGAAGAGGAACCCUAUUACGGGGAGCACUGAGUGGGAUGUCCAGGACGAGAACUAUGAUUUUCACCAAGAAAUAGCACGGGCUGGAUUCGCCGAUAUGUUGCAUGAUACUGAGAGAAAUAAGAAGUAUCAUAGAGCCUUGCAAAUUGCUAUUGAGAAGAUGCAUAGUAAUGGAAAGAAAGCGAAUGUUUUGGAUAUAGGUACCGGAACUGGUCUUCUAUCAAUAAUGGCAGCGAGAUCCGGUGCUGAUUCCAUUGUAGCUUGUGAAGCUUUCAAACCGAUGGCCAAGUGUUGCGCCAAGAUCUUGCAAAUAAACGGAGUGGCUGACAAGAUAAAACUUAUACCGAAGAGAUCCACGGAACUUACCGUGGGUGUUGAUGGAGAUAUGCCACAGAAAGCUAAUAUUUUAGUUACAGAGGUGUUUGAUACUGAGUUAAUUGGAGAAGGAGCUCUAUCAACAUUCUCGCACGCACACAAGCACCUUCUUGAAAAGGACUGCAUAGUGGUACCUGACUCUGCAGUGAUGUAUGCUCAAGUGGUGGAGUGUCCAACGCUGUGGAAGUGGAACAAACUCAAUGAUCUGGCUGAUGAGGACCUUGAAAUUGUGUUGAGGACUCCCCAAAAGAUGGUUGACUGCCCCGGUUCCGCAGCAGUUCACGACCUUCAACUGUCCCAGCUACCUCGCCACGCCUUCAAGGAGCUCUCAGAACAGAUUCCCGUAUUCGUCUAUGACUGGUCAGGGGAAACUCCCAUUGUCAUGAAACAGACGGUCAAGCAGGACUUUACAGUUAGUGAUACCGGAAGAGCUCAGGUUGUCUUCAUGUGGUGGGAACUUAAUAUGGAUACGGAAGGUAGAAUCGGCCUAAGCUGUGCUCCAUGGUGGAAUCAUCCUGAUGCAGACUUAUCUUCCGAAAGACCACAAGACAGCAUACCUUGGCGAGACCAUUGGAUGCAAGCCGUCUACUACCUGCCCCAAGAUUUAACCCUACAAAAAGAUUCAGAAGCCACCCUAAUAUUCUGCCAAGACGAAUACUCCCUAUGGUUCUAUUUAGAAACUGAAAAUUUUAAAAGACAGAACUACAAAAGACCAAAUUGCGAAUGUGGAGUACAUAUGGCAUUGUCAAGAACUCAUGUGUCCUAUCUAAAUGAUGGCAGACGCAGCAAAAAGUUUUUAGCACAAUUGAAAGAGGAAAUUAACAACGAGUCCGUAGUUCUAGAUGUCAAUGGAAGCAGUUUUAUGGGGUUAGCUUCGGCGAAAUUUGGCGCGAAAGCUGUUUACAUAUUGGAAAGUUUGAGCUUAAAUCUUGGCAUAUUACAGGAUUAUAUUGAGGCAAAUGGGCUUCAGAAUAUUCAGUUUAUAUCUGAAGUUAAUGAUGAGUUGUUAAAUCAAGUGACAACUGUUAUAGGUGAUCCUAACUUUGCAAGUGCAAUAUUGCCGUGGGAGAAUUUAAAGAUGGCGUAUCUCUUAUUUCAGCAUAGGAAUAAGUUGAAUAAUUGUGUGUCGGCGAUACCUCAGGGAUGCGAGAUUUGGGCCAUGCCUGUAGAGUUCCAAGACUUGCAUAAAAUAUCUAUACCUUUGGGCAAAUGUGAAGGCAUCGAUAUGGCUGUGUUUGAUGGAUUAGUUGAGGUGGGUCACUCCCGCACAAUAAGCGACGCGGAGAUAGAAGCGCAGCCGCUGUGGGAGUACCCGUGCCGAUGUCGCGGCGAGCCCGUGCGGCUGCUCCACAUCGACUUCACUAACCUCAAGCCUGCCCUAGCCAUGGAUGGAGUGUAUGAAGUUAAACCAGAAGCAGAGGAAGGACAGAAGGUUAACGGCUUCGCGCUAUGGGCCGUGUGGAAGGUCGGCGGGGCCCAGAGCUCGGGGCCCGUGCUCCCGCCCACAGUGGGCGACAGAGUCGACUGGGACCCGCACACUAGGCAGGGCGUUAAGAUAUUCAAAAAGUCAUACGACGCGAGUACUUCUUUCAAGUGGCGGUACCAAGCCGUUUGCGACCUCGAGAAGGGACAGUUCAAUGUCGACAUAGAUUUAGUGCUAGAGUAGCACAUUACUAAUGUAUUUAUUAUAUUUUAUAUUAAACUGACGCCGAUAUGA